AUGGAUUUGAAGCCACAGCAUCAACAGCAGCAACAAAUUCCACCCGCCGUAUCCGAAGGAGGCGGCGCGGCGAAACCCGCAACUUCGGAUCUGGAACCGACUGGCGGCGCGCGGAAUGACCCCGCGUCUGCUCCUCCCGUCGCGGAUGAUCGUGCGACGAGCCCUGUGCCGUCCGCCGCUACAGACGCUCGCGCGACGAGGCCCGGCAGUGGCGGGGGCGAGCCUGCUACAGACGCGCGCGGGGCGAACGCCACGGGGACCGCUGCGCCCGAAUCCACCGCCGCGCACAGAGACGCUCCGCAACCGCACGCGCAGGCGCAGGCGCAGGGCUCCCCGCAGGGCGCGCUGAGCGUUCCCCACGCGCUGCUGUCGGACUUUGCGGAGACGGGCGUGCUGGAUCUGGCGCACGACCUCGGGAUCAUCCCCGCCUCCGCCCACGCGGAUGGGCCGAAACCGUCGCCUGGUGAGAGAUGGGAGGGGGGAGGGGAGGAGAAGAGCCAAUCCCAUUUGCUCUGCAGUCACAGCAGCCGCAGAGAGUCGCUUCCCCUUCUCUUCCCCCCUGUUUCCCCAACCCCACCCACCGUUCCCCUGCCCGUCUUCCCCCUUUCUGCAGUCUCCCCUCUCCCGAAGCCAAUACCAUCUGCUCUGCAUUCGCAGCAGCCGCAGGGGGCACAGCAGAAAACCGCACUGACAGAGAGACUCUUCCCCUUCUCUUCCCCCCUGUUCCCCCAACCCCACCCACCUUUCUUCCCCCCAUCCCCCCCCCCCCCCCCCCCCCCCCCCCCCUCUGCAGUCUCCCCUCCCCCCAAGCCAAUACCAUCUUCUCUGCAGUCGCAGCAGCAGCAAGGGGGGCAGCAGGGAGCAGCAGGGGGGUGGGCGGAGACCUCUCUAGGAGGGGGAGUGCCAGGCGCAGGAGCGGGGGGCGCAGGGGGAGGGGGAGGGGGAGCAGGGGGGCGGUCAGUGGAAAGUGGGGACUCCACUGACCGUGGUCGCCUGGGGGGCGCUGUCCCCGCUGCUGCAGGGGGGGGUGGGGGGGGCGGAGGGGUUGGGGGGGGCGCGGGCGGAGGGGGAGGAGCGGGGGGAGCAGCAAGUGGGGCGUCGGGACUGGGGAUGGGGAUGGGGGCGGGGGUAUCUAUGGGGAUGGGCAUGCUUCCAGGGGACGAGUAUGGGGCGGAUGGCGCUGCGGCUGACUCCUUGGACCCUAAUGACGCCGCUUGGGGUACUGGGGAUGGGGAUGGGGAUGGGGAUGGGGGUGGGGAUGGGGGUGGGGAUGGGGGUGGGGAUGGGAAUGGGGAUGGGGAUGGGAAUGGGGGUGGGGAUGGGGAUGGGGGUGGGGAUGGGGGUGGGGAUGGGGAUGGGGGUGGGGAUGGGAAUAGGAAUGGGGGUGCGGGUGGGGAAGGGCAUGCUACCAGGGGACGACAGGACACGUGCCUGCUUGUCUGCCCCCCUCUGCCCCUUGGCAUGGCAGUGUGUGAGAAGGUGGAGUUAAGGGACGCACCACGUAGAAUGAGGCCGUGUUUUCUCUGCUUUCUCUUCCCUCCUCGCGGGUCCUGUACUCUCCCUCCCUCCCGACCUACUCUCCUACCAACCUACUCUCCUCCCGACCUACUCUCCUACCAACCUACUCUCCUCCUGACCUACUCUCCUACCAACCUACUCUCCUCCCGACCUACUCUCCUACCAACCUACUCUCCUCCCGACCUACUCUCCUACCAACCUACUCUCCCCCCGACCUACUCUCCUACCAACCUACUCUCCUCCCGACCUACUCUCCUACCAACCUACUCUCCUCCCGACCUACUCUCCUACCAACCUACUCUCCUCCCGACCUACUCUCCUACCAACCUACUCUCCUCCCGACCUACUCUCCUACCAACCUACUCUCCUCCCAACCUACUCUCCUACCAACCUACUCUCCUACCAACCUACUCUCCUCCCAACCUACUCUCCUCCCAACCUACUCUCCUACCAACCUACUCUCUUACCAUCAGUAGCUACUCUUUCACCCUCUCAAGUCACCCUCUUACCCUCUCAACCUACUCUCUUACCCUCUCAACCUACUCUCUUACCCUCUCAACCUACUCUCUUACCCUCUCAACCUACUCUCUUACCCUCUCAACCUACUCUCUUACCCUCUCAACCUACUCUCUUACCCUCUCAACCUACUCUCUUACCCUCUCAACCUACUCUCUUACCCUCUCAACCUACUCUCUUACCCUCUCAACCUACUCUCUUACCCUCUCAACCUACUCUCUUACCCUCUCAACCUACUGUCUUACCCUCUCAACCUACUCUCUUACCCUCUCAUGCCGCUCUCGUGUUGCUGAUCCCACCCAUUUUCUCCUUUGCCCCGGCGCUUCGUCUCUUUGGGCUCUCCAUCCCCGAGAAGAUUGUCCAGCACCGCAUUUACGAGGCAUCUCGCCUCUCUGCCCGAAAACUCCUCUCCCUUCCCCCAUUUUCCCAUGGCUUGCCCCCAUUCCCAUCUCUCUCUCCCCUCCCGCUUCGCAGCAGUAUGAUGAGAAGAACAUUCGGCGGCGGGUGUACGACGCAUUCCUCCUUGUAUCCCACCAUCUCCCCUCUCUGCCCCAAACCCCCUCUGCCUGCGGUGAUUCCCCCUCCCUCCCCCUCCCCAUGGCAGCAGUACGACGAGAAGAACAUACGGCGGCGGGUGUACGAUGCGCUGAACGUGCUGAUGGCGAUGGACAUCAUCUCCAAGGAGAAGAAGGAGAUCAAGUGGAAGGGCCUCCCUCCCUCCUCCGCCUCCCACCAGCUCCUCCUGGUGCGGAGUCAUCACGCGUGCGCAGCCGGGUGGAGAAGAAGGCAGCCCAUCUCGAGGAGUUGAAGGAACAGAUGGCCGGCAUCGAGCGUCUCAUGCGGCGCAACGAGGCCAGCAGCCAGCAGGGGGGCCCGCCUGCGGGCGGCGGGGUGGCGCUGCCAUUCAUUCUCGUGCAGGUACAGCUUACUCAUAGGAGCAGUCCGUUUGUGCAGCAGUCCGUUUGUGCUGCAGCAGUCCGUUUGUGCAGCAGUCCGUUUGUGCUGCAGUCCGUUUGUGCUGCAGCAGUCCGUUUGUGCUGCAGCAGUCCGUUUGUGCUGCAGCAGUCCGUUUGUGCUGCAGUCCGUUUGUGCAGCAGUCCGUUUGUGCAGCAGUCCGUUUGUGCAGCAGUCCGUUUGUGCAGCAGUCCGUUUGUGCUGCAGCAGUCCGUUUGUGCUGCAGCAGUCCGUUUGUGCUGCAGCAGUCCGUUUGUGCUGCAGCAGUCCGUUUGUGCAGCUGCAGUCCGUUUGUGCAGCUGCAGUCCGUUUGUGCUGCAGCAGUCCGUUUGUGCAGCAGUCCGUUUGUGCUGCAGCAGUCCGUUUGUGCUGCAGCAGUUUGUGCUGCAGCAGUCCGUUUGUGCUGCAGCAGUUUGUGCAGCAGUUUCAGUCCGUUUGUGCAGCAGUCCGUUUGGUGCAGCAGUCCGUUUGUGCAGCAGUCCGUUUGUGCAGCAGUCCGUUUGUGCAGCAGUCCGUUUGUGCAGCAGUCCGUUUGUGCAGCAGUCCGUUUGUGCAGCAGUGCGUUUGUGCAGCAGUGCGUUUGUGCAGCAGUGCGUUUGUGCAGCAGUGCGUUUGUGCAGCAGUGCGUUUGUGCAGCAGUGCGUUUGUGCAGCAGUGCGUUUGUGCAGCAGUGCGUUUGUGCAGCAGUGCGUUUGUGCAGCAGUGCGUUUGUGCAGCAGUGCGUUUGUGCAGCAGUGCGUUUGUGCAGCAGUGCGUUUGUGCAGCAGUGCGUUUGUGCAGCAGUGCGUUUGUGCAGCAGUGCGUUUGUGCAGCAGUGCGUUUGUGCAGCAGUGCGUUUGUGCAGCAGUGCGUUUGUGCAGCAGUGCGUUUGUGCAGCAGUGCAUUUGUGCAGCAGGCAGUGCAUUUGUGCAGCAGUCCAUUUGUGCAGCAACCCGCCCACAGGCAACAGUGGAGGUGGAGAUAUCAGAGGACAUGCAGCUCGUGCAUUUUGACUUCAGCACCACUCCCUUUGAGCUGCACGACGACAGCUACGUGCUGCGAGCCAUGGGCCUCUGCACGCCUCCCCUCUCCGAUGUCUUCCCGCCCUCCCCAGCUGCUCCCGCCACUGCUGCGCCUCCUCUUGCGUCCACAGCCACCCCUCCACCGCCCACACAGCCACCGCCCGGUUCACAACAGCAACAGCAGCAGCAACUCCAACCAGCGCAGCAUUCUCAGCAGCCGCCACAGCUGCAGCAGCAGCAGCAGCAGCAGCAGGCAUCACCAGGAGAGGGUGCAAUGACACCCACACAGGCUGCUGCACAGGCACAGCAGCAACAACAGGGGCAGCAACAGCAGGGGCAGCAGCAGGGGCAGCAAGGAGCAGGGAGCGGGCAGGCACAGAGCGGACUGGGAGGCCCACUCUCUCCCACUGAACCUGGGAUAGGCAGCCCCACGAACGGGGGACCAAAGACAGCUGUAGGAGCGCCCACUAACGGGACACCUCCUUCCACGAGUAAUGGGCCACCCAUGGGUGGCUCUGCAGGUGCUAAUGGUGUGGGGAGUGGCGUGGCCGGAGCAGGAGGGCCGGGGGGUCAGCCUGGCAGGGCAGACCUUGUGAUCUACUCUCCGCCCCAGCACCAGCAGCAGCAGCAGCAGCAGCAGCAGCAGGGGCAGUACCAGCCGGCAGCACAGGUUCCAGCGCAAGCUAUGGGUGCAUCUGCACUUGCCCCAGGCCCAAUGGCACCUCAGUUCCAGACUCAGGGAUCCCCGGCCGUGCACCUGCCACACCAGCAGCAGCUGCAACAGCAGGUGCAGCAGCAGCAGCAGGCACAGCAGCAGGUGCCACAGCAAGGGAUGGUGGGGAUAGAGGGGAGUGCGCCUCAGAUGCAAAUGGCAGGAGGAGGGGUGAUGGGUGGGGGUAAUGCUUACCAAGCAGGGGUUGCAGGUGCAGGGGUGGUGCCCAUGCAGGGUCAAGUGCCGGGCAUGGGACAGCCGCAGAUACAGCAGCAGCAGCAGCAGCAGCAGCAGUACUAUAAGCAGCAGGCGCAGCAGCAACAGUACCAGCAGCAGGAACAGCAGCAACAGUACCAGCAGCAACCGUAUCAGCAGCAGCAGCAGCAGCAGCACUAUCAGCAACAGCAGGGCGCACCAUAUGUUGGCAUGCAGCCUAUGAUGCAACCCCAGCAGCAGCAGCAGCAGCAGCAGCAGCAACAGCAGCAGCAACAGCUGCCACAGCAGCAACCGCCGCAGCAGCACCAGCACUACCAGCACCAACAGUACCAGCACCAGCAGUACCAACAACCGCAGCAGCAGUAUCAGCAGCAGCAGCAGCUGCAGGCAAUGCCAAUAGGAGGGACAGCAGGACCAGUGGCAGCAGCAAUGCAGCAGCCGCAGCAGGGGGGUUCAUCGCACAACUACCCUAUCGCCAUGCAGGGAAACCCUGCGUUUACCCCGGUACCACCCACUUGUACUGUCACCUCUCCUCCUCCUGCCCCUGGCAGUAGUAUGGGUGCUGAUCCCAUGGGCCAAAUCCCUGGAGGGAUGGAGGGGCCAGGGCAAGGCGGGGCACUGGGGGAGAUGCAGCAGGGUCAGGGUGGGGAGUAUGGGCAGGGGCAGGGGCAAGGGAGCAUGGCAGGAGAGGCGAUUGGGGAGGGUGGGGUGGCUGGGUCGGGAGCAGGUGAGCACAUGCAAGGGGGGUACUAG